GUACGAUACUAUUAAAAAUAAUUAUUUCGCGAAUAUUACGAAUUGUCAGGUAUUCACUAUUCACCUUUCAAUUUUCAAGUGCUUGCCAUUUUACUAUUUGAGCAGUUCUUGGUAUCCCCACCCCACGUUGCGUGCGCCAUCAGGAAUCCUGUUGAAAUAUGCGCGGUACCGCCACCCACGGACUGUUGAUCCCGGACGCCGCAGAGGAUCUGCAAAAUGAUCGGGGAAACGGCAACGCGACCGACCAACUUCCCUCACCGAGGACGAAGACGCCAGUAUGAUGCGCUUUAUCAAAUAUUUGAAACCCAUCUGCUGGAACUGGAAACUGCGGACCUUCACACACUUUUUGACACAUUUCGCUAAGGAUAUUGGGGUGCGUGUACCGUUGACAUCGGCAUGGCGAGCACAAUUCCUCGAUUCCCACGAAGACGAAAUUCCUCCGCGCAUUGCGCCGAUUCUGCAGCUGAAAGCGGGCAGACUUCCCGAACCAGUUACCCAGCAGGAAUUCUUCUCGGUUGUGGAGGAGGUAUACCGCGAACUGAACGUGGGUGAUAAGCCAGAGUCCAUCUGGAAUUUCGAUACUACCAGUGUCAUGCUGCCCGAACCGCAGAAGAAAGUGACAAAGAAGCGGAAGCAUACGGCUGGAGACGAGGACGAUGCCCCAAAAGAAGAGCCGACCAGCGUUUUGUACGCCGUUUCAGCCGCCGGCGAACACACUCCCGCCACCAUUCUCUUUCGUGGCGUCCGCAUUGCCGGCGAGUGGAAAUCCAUGCUGACUGACACGGAUACAGAACGUGUUCAGUUGAUGGUGAAUAGUUACGGGGAGUUCGACUAUCCCAGCGCACACAAGUGGCUAAAAAAUAUUCUCAUGCGCAGCGCCCUGCCGCGACCGCUGGUCCUUUUCAUGGAUCCUCUAUACAGCCAUCUGGACAAUUAUGAGUUUAUCAAGCAAGCCUUCGAUGAUAAUAUUCACUUGAUCUGCAUUCCUCCCAAGGUGCCCACGCUCAAACUGCCGCUGGGACUGACGGUUAUGCCGCUGUUGAAGGAUAAGUGGUAUGAGGAUCUGGAUGAAUUGCAGCUCGCUUCAACGCCUCGUAAUCCGUUGUCGCGGGCCCAGAUAGUCAACGCCUUGAUGCCGGCCGAUACGGAGGCCUUGCAGGAAGAGAAUAUCAAGGCGGGUUUCGCUCGCUGUGGGCUGUUUCCCUGGAAUCCCCAUGCGGCGACCAUUGAGGCUCAGAGAGCAGACGAGGCAGAAGCCAACGCGGAAGGCCCAUCGGAAGUGGAUAAGGUCGGCAGAGAAUCCGAUGAUUUCGAUAUGCCGCCCUUAUCGCCCCGCCAACAGGAAGCCGUCAAUCAGGCGUUUGCUGUAUUCGCCCAGGCCGGUGUCAGCCUGAAAAGAGCGAAACGUCUCCUGCGCAAUAUGAAUGUUCCCGGGUUUGCUACUGUGAAGGAUGAAUGAAAGUGUGGAGAGGAGACCUCAUCUGCAUGGAAGAAAGUUGUUGUUGUUUUGUUUGCUCAGGUGUUACCCGAAUUUUCCCAGGAAGUGGGAUUUCUUCUUUAUUGAUAUUCGUUUAAAUUUCUUGUGCUUUGCUGUUUUCUCCUGCACGCAUUACAGAUUUAUGUUUGGCUGUACUUGUAACUGCAUGACAACAUUGGCACUUGCUACUGAUUGAAUUUGUUUGUUUCUGUUUCUGGUUUUAAUCGUUAUAGUAGUUCAGUGGUAUGUAGUGUGGUACAUACUACUUGUAUUAUUGUCAUAUAAUAUUUGAACCAUUAUUAUAGCUUGGUUUUAGCAGCGCUUCUAAGGAAGUUACACGCUGAAUGAUUAAU